AUGCGUUCCCCACUGCAGACCAUUUUCGUGAUGCCAUCUUCCAGUGCUCGGUGCGCACAGUUACCUCGUGCCGAAGACAAAUUACCUUUCUUUGUGGCCCUACGCAAGUUGCGCGACUUCCUUCGAGGAGAGCUAUCCGAGUUGGCCGACUCCGAUGUAGUCUUCGCUGACUACACGGAGUUCCGGGUCACACAACCCGAUCCGAAAAGUCUGCGGAAGGCGGAGCGUAGACGAAAGCGCAAAGCAGAGGCCGCUGCUGCAGCGGCGGCAGCGGCUGCCUCGACCUGUGGAGGCGUUACAGUCUCAUCUGCGCCCGAUGGUACUCUGAUGGCUAAUGGGACGAUCCUUUCCCCUGGACACCAACUUGUCGUUGAUCCGAUCACCGGUCUGAUUUCGAAUACAAUGACAAAUGGCACAGAGACGAAAAGUAAAGGUUAG